CUGAACAAAAAAAAAAAGAGUUGAAAUAAUCCAUCAAUAUCAAGGGAAUAUUCUAUAUUAUUUAACCUAGCUACACCAACCACAACCACAUUUUGUACAUUGUAUAAGUACUUGUAAUUGAUGGGUCGUUCUUUGAAAAUCAGCAAUAACCCUUCUCCUUCUAAAGCUAAAGAAAGGAACAAGACAACAACAGAAGUGAAAUCAAAGAAGAAAUCUAGCAGGAGAAAAAUGUGGUUUGUGUAUAUUUGUGAUGAAGAAGAGAAGGAAUUAGGAAGACAAAAAGCAUCAGGUUGUUGUCCUUAUUGUGGUGGCAAAGUUGAAGCUAUGGAUGUUGAGAUGCAAUGGAGGUUUUGUUUUUUGCCUAUGUGUUUUAAGAUUAAGAGGAAGUUUUUUUGUACUUUGUGUGCUAGAAGGUUAGAAUUGCAGUAUUACUAGGUUGUUUUUUUGGACAUUAAUUUAGUCAUGUUCGUGGUUUUUCUCUUCUUCUUCUUCAUCUUUUUUUUUUUUCUUCUUUCUAUGUGACUUUGUUUAUCUUUAUUUUUUAUUUUUUGGUUCAAUUUUGUGCAAAUGGAUGGGAAAUUAGAGUGUGGUUUAUUAAAAAAAAAA